UAUAUGAAUUUAAUAACUUAUAUACUCAACAAGUUAUGGUUGAGCGUUGUAAAAAAAUGAACACAUUGACGUUGGAUUUUCUGUCGCAUUUUCAAUAUUCUUAUCAACGCCUUACAGCAACACCGUCCGUAAGUUGGUGAGAGAGAGAGAGAGAGAGAGCGCGAGAGUAACCGUUAACCCAAAUAAAUUGUAAUAGUGUGCGAGCACGAAACUCAACACAACAGCAAUUUCACUGCGGCAGCAACAGCAGCGACGACAACAGCAACAGCAGAAGCAGCAGCAGCAGCAGCAGCAACAGCAACAAAAGGCAACCAAAAGCGACUGCAAAUCUUAGCAAAACCAGUGGAAAAAGCAAUAAACAGAUAUAACAAAUUGCAGUGAACGAGGCAACAUCAGCAGCAGCAACAUCAACAACAGCCGCAGCAGCAACAACAACAACAAUGAACACACGACGCAGCACCGGCAGCAUCAAGUCCAGCAAAAGAAGUAUAAGCCGCUUGUAUGUGGCGGCACUGACCACAAAGACGAUAACACCGGAGCUGCACGCAAUAAACGCGAAGAUCUGCCGUUUGGUGGAGCAGCAUCCCUGCAUGUACGAUCGCUCGCAUCCGGCGUACAUGCGCAAAUCUCAUGUGGAGCAGGCCUGGGUGGACAUAUCGAAGGAGAUGAAUGAUAGCGUUGAUAAUUGCAAGGAACGCUUUAGGAAUAUCCGCACCAGCUUUGCGCGAUCCAUCAACGUGCAACGCGGCUCGAAUCGCGUCAAGCCCUACUAUCUCAGCGAGGAACUUGAGUUUCUCAAAAAGCACAUCACGCCCGGCGUGCCUGUGCCAGUGAAGGGCAGACGGUCACGUGACAGCAACAAUCGCAGGUGCGAUGAUAACGACGAGUAUGAUGACAACGAGCACGAUGAUGAGGAGCAUGUGGGCGCGCUGGUCCAUAUAAAACACUCGCUGAGCAGCGAUGAGCACGAAAAUGAGAACAGCACCGAUAGCUCUGAGUGGGUGGCUGAGGAGCAUGCGCAGAGUGUCGCCAGCCAAACGCAGGAUAAACCCGAGUCUGAGUUGCACCCGCUGAGCGAUGAGGACGACCAGAAGCCGAAGGAUUUGGUGCAGCCGAAUGCCGUGCCCCAAACCUGCCCCUUUCCGACCAAAAAACGGCGACGCACGGUCACCGAGGCACCCAAACCGAGCGAACCAGCCGAAGUCGGCGCUGACACUGAAGACACGCCCGCCGAUGUAAAGCCACCCGUCAUGGACUUUGAUGAUGCCUUUCUGCAGGGCCUGCGUCCCGAAAUGAAGCACAUGAACUUCCAUCAGAAACUGUUCUUUAAGCGACGCGUUUACGAGCUGCUCAGCGAUAUAUUUGAGGGCGGCGAGAAUGCCAGUAGUCAACCACGUACCAAUGGACAGGCUGGAGCUACCAACUCGCCGUUACCUCUGCAGCAUUUGGGCCUUUUGGGCUGCUCGGGAACGCUGCAGCUGCCCAAGCUAGCGCCGAAACCCUCCAAAGAUCUCUAAGUAGAAAUAACAUUCAAUCGACUAAUGCCCAAAGACGGCCGCAGCAGCAAACGGAGCUGUGUAAUCCAUUCGAAUUUACGCUGUACAGUAAUUUCACAUACCCAUUAUUUUUUGGGUAUAGUUAUAGUUAUAAGACGUUACUAUUUUUAAAAUGUAAUACAUUAAAUACAUAUUUACAUAAACGAUUGUAUAAUUUUAAAUAAGUUUAAAUCAGGAUACAAAUAAAUUGUGAGACUUUUAUUGCAACAGUUCAAUUGAUUCUAA